GGCACGCACGCGGACGCGGGGCUGCCGCGCUCUUUCCUUCUCCUUCUCCUCCUCCUCCGCCUAUACAUACCCCCAGCCCCGCCUCCUCUCUGCUCUCCCAUUCCGCCAUUAACCCAAAACCAGUACGAAGCCCUUCUUCCUCUGAAUCUUGAACCCCCGAAUCCCAUGCCUGCAGUCGUGAGGGCGCGCGUGGUAGUGCACUGAGAUUGAGAUUCCAAUUAACGCGGCCGGACUCCAUGCGGCAUCGGCAGCAAGGGGAGGAGGACAAGGAGCUGUUCGUGCAGUGGAGGCCCUGCGACAAGAAGAGGUCCUAGUCGCCGCCGGAGCAAAGCACAGAUCCGUCCGGUGGUUGAUUUAGUUGAUUGAUUUGGUCCGGUGGUUGGUUGAUUUGGGCGAGCGGCCGGAGAGAGGGAAGAUGAGCGCUCACGGCGGCGGCGGCGGCGGCGGAGGGAGGACGCGGGUGGGGAGGUACGAGCUGGGGCGGACCCUCGGGGAGGGCACCUUCGCCAAGGUCAAGUUCGCCCGGAACGUCGAGACCGGCGAGAAUGUCGCCAUCAAGAUCCUCGACAAGGACAAGGUCCUCAGGCACAAGAUGAUCGCGCAGAUAAAGCGAGAGAUCUCCACCAUGAAGCUCAUCAGGCACCCCAACGUCAUCCGGAUGUACGAGGUGAUGGCCAGCAAGACAAAGAUAUACAUAGUGAUUGAGCUUGUCACCGGUGGCGAACUUUUCGACAAAAUCGCUUCACGCGGGAGGCUGAAAGAGGACGACGCAAGGAAAUAUUUCCAGCAGCUGAUCAACGCUGUCGAUUACUGCCAUAGCAGAGGUGUCUAUCACCGUGAUCUGAAGCCUGAAAAUCUUCUGCUUGAUGCUAAUGGCACCCUCAAGGUUUCCGAUUUUGGAUUGAGCGCGUUGUCUCAACAAGUUCGAGAGGAUGGGCUGCUGCACACUACUUGUGGAACUCCCAAUUAUGUUGCUCCCGAGGUUAUAAAUAACAAAGGCUAUGAUGGAGCCAAGGCUGAUCUGUGGUCAUGUGGAGUGAUUCUGUUUGUCCUCAUGGCGGGUUACCUUCCGUUUGAAGACUCAAACCUCAUGUCACUUUACAAGAAGAUAUACAAAGCGGACUUUACUUGCCCAUCUUGGUUCUCCACAAGCGCAAAAAAGCUCAUCAAGAAGAUACUGGAUCCUAAUCCUAACACUAGGAUAACUAUUGCUGAGGUUAUUAACAACGAGUGGUUCAAGAAAGGAUAUCAGCCUCCUAGGUUUGAGACAGCCGACGUUAAUUUGGAUGAUGUCAACUCUAUUUUUAAUGAAUCCGGGGACCCAGCACAGCUUGUGGUUGAGAGGCGUGAAGAAAGACCAGCGGUGAUGAAUGCUUUUGAGUUGAUUUCUACCUCGCAAGGCCUCAAUCUUGGCACCCUGUUUGAGAAGCAAACGGGUUCUGUUAAGCGAGAAACAAGGUUCGCGUCGAGACUUCCUGCAAAUGAGAUAUUGUCGAAAAUCGAAGCAGCAGCAGGACCCAUGGGCUUCAAUGUACAGAAGCGCAACUAUAAGCUGAAGUUGCAAGGAGAGAAUCCUGGAAGGAAAGGUCAGCUGGCAAUUGCGACAGAGGUGUUUGAAGUCACACCCUCACUCUACAUGGUCGAGCUCCGCAAGUCGAAUGGAGACACCCUUGAAUUCCACAAUUUCUAUCAUAGCAUCUCGAAUGGCCUGAAGGACGUCAUGUGGAAGCCGGAUAGCAGCAUAGCUGAAGCCGACGAGAUACGCACGAUAAACAUUCAGGGUCCGUCGGACUCAAGCUUCCACUCCGACGCGGUCGUACCCACCCACCCACCGGACAGACCCGAGCUUCGCCCGCAUCGAGAGACGAGCGCCAUGAGAGAGGAGGUCAGGAGCUCGUCGGCGGCGCCCGCCGACCCCCCGCCGCCGCCAUCCGCCUCGCCGCCCGCCACCCCAGUCGCCAGUUCUGCUGGUCCCUCAUCACCUCCCACGCAAACGAAUGUAGCUAGCAUAGAUUGGUUAGGCAGCGAGCAGGUAUCUAAAGUGGGGUCAUCAUUCCAUGCUGCUUCACAUGCUGCUCAGCCUUCUCUUAGUACCAAUGCUGUUGGUGCUGCGAUGGAUUUCUCACAACCAUCAUGCAGACCAUGGGAACGAGGAGACUUGCUUCAUCGAUUGGCUACAUUUAAGCCCUCAACAUGGGCUUCUAAGCCAAAGGCUGCUAGUUCACUGGCUUGUGCUCAAAGGGGCUGGGUGAACAUUGAUGUGGAUAAAAUUGAAUGCGACACGUGUGGCACACAUCUUAUAUUUACCGCAUUGACAUCCUGGUCCCCUGCUGAAGUUGCUAAUGCUGGAGAAGCCUUUGCCGAACAGCUUGAUGCAUCUCACCAGAAUGAUUGCCCCUGGAGAGGGAAUAGCUGUGCUGAUAGCCUAGUGCAGUUCCACUUCACUCCGUCUGCUCUUCUUGGUGGUUUUAAAGAUCGCUGUGAUGGGCUGUUGCAGUUUAUAUCUCUUCCUAUUAUUGCCUCAUCUGCGGUUGAGAGUAUGAAGCUCACCAGGAGUCAUCAGAUUGAACACGUCUUAUCCCAAUCAAUUGCUAUUUUGUGCGGGGAGCUGGGUUACAAAAUUGACGGCACAACAGGAAUUGAUAUCAAUCAUCAAGAUGAGAACUGCAGCUACUCUCAAGCACAGAAGCUUAUUAGCCUUUGUGGAUGGGAACCUAGGUGGCUUCCAAAUGUACAAGACUGGGAAGAAAAUUCAACCCACUCUGCAAAAAAUGCAGCUCCAGCUGAACCAGAUAAUCAGUUCCAUUCCCGCUUUCCUGAGCAUAAUCAAAAUUCUUACUCUACGUCUGUCAAGAAAGACAAGGGGAAAGGCAAACUGCGUGUAAAAGAUUCUGGAUGCAGCAUGAGAGCACCUUUGUUGGAUUGCAGCUUAUGUGGAGCUACAGUGAGAAUUUGGGACUUCAGAACCGUGCCACGUCCUUCUCAUCUUAGUCUCGGUAACAUUGAUGCACCUGAUGCAGGGACGAGACCUUUGUUGACACGCGGAAUUAGUGCUACAAGUGGGAUUAAUGGAUGGGUUGCUGAAGGCACAGAUAGAAAUAAUGUUGAAGGACGUGAUGAGACAUGUACUGAUGAGAGAAAAUCACUGUCAAAUGCUCAGGUUGACCUAAAUCUUACAAUGGCAGGAGGUUUGCCACCAACCCAUUCUGGGAUUCUCUCAAUGCCUGAACAUUUCAGUAAUGGAGGGAUGGGAAUAGAUCUGAUGAUCGGUCAGCCUACGGGAAGUGAGAUUGGUGGCUAUGCAGCCUCAUUUGAAUCUCGUGGUCCCAGUUCAAGGAAGCGUAAUUUGGAGGAGGGUGGGAGCACAGCUGAUAAGCCAAUAAAUAGGCUCCAGCCUGCUGACAGCAUAGAAGGAACCGUCAUUGACCGCGACGGUGAUGAAGUUGAUGAUGCUGCACAAAAUUCAGAUAUUAGAAGCAAAAGGCUUCGUGGAUUUAAUCUUUUUGAUGUCAAUCACCCAUCUUCUUCUGGAGCUGGUCCCAGCAGAAAUUUUAGUCUUGAUCUGGACAUAGAUGUCAAUAGAUUCGAUUCAUCUAAAGCUGAGGGUCCAUCUGCUCUUCGCAACUCAUCUGCAAGAGACUCCAUGAGGGCAUCCUCUGUUAUUGCAAUGAACAUCGUUCAUGGCGCGGAGGAAAAUUCAAUGGAGAGUGUUGAAUACCAUCCAUGUGAUGGUGAUGAUGUUCAGAAGCCUUCAAGUGCACUCAGGAGUGGUGGAAUGAGCGACACGUUGGAUCUCAAUUAUAGCAACCAAGCACAGGAAAGCAGUUUUGUACAGCCUGCUGCUGACAGUAAUGCAAGAGAUGUAGGAGGGAGUAGUAUGAAUGGAGAGGAGGAGGUCCUGAAUGCAGAAACAGCUCCUACUUUUGCUAGGGAUCAACUUAGCCUGGGAGUUAGUGGAGGGAGUGUUGGAAUGGGUGCUAGCCAUGAAGCCGAGAUUCAUGGAAUUGAGGUAUCUGAGCAUAAAACUGAGAGCGUCGUCGGAGAUGUUGAACCAUUUCCUGAGCUUACUGAGACCAUGGGGCAUACUGGUGAGUCAGUCCCUGGACCUGGAAUGAUGGGUGAGUUUGUCCCUGAAGAUGUUGGUCGGGAAGAGCCUCAGGGUGAUAGCCAAGAUAUGGCAUCUCGGUUAGUGGAUCGAGUUGACAGUGUUUCAACUAAAGCUGAUUCUGUUGAGAGUGGAGAGAAGAUGAGCCAUGCCAGAGGCCUUGAAAGUAACAUACAACAUUCUCUCUCUUGCAAUGCAAGAGUUUAUUCUGGCAUUGAUUUAUCUAAAGACGAAGUGACUCAGACCGGUAAAAUGGUGUCUAAGGACGACUAUGAACCAGGACCUGAUCUUGGGGCAACGAAUGGAGAAAAUGACUGUGAAACCGGUCUUCCAGAAUUUGAUCCAAUUAAUCAUCACAACAAUUAUUGCCCGUGGGUUAAUGGAAACGUUGCUGCCGCUUGCUGUAUCAGUACUGGUUCCAGCACAAUUAGUACAGCAUUUUCUGGCUGGCAGCUUACGGUGGAUGCUCUCGAGACUGUCCAGUCUCUUGGUCAAGACCAAAAUCAAACUGCGCAGUCUGAUUCUGCGGCGUCAUUAUGUAAGGACGAUAACAUCGCACCAAAGCGCAAGCUGCUGAAAAGGCCAAACCACAGCAAGUGCUAGUCGGAGCGCCUCCAAACUAGGUUCAGAGCUCGGCAUACCAGGAGAGCUCAAAAAGCGCGAGCAGGCGGGAGAAGAAGACGAAUAAAUUAAGCUUUUCGCUUUAGCCAUUGUUGUAGAUUCUAGACAGGGCUUUGCCCAGCGUCAUGUCCCUUUUCUAAAUUUUGUUUAUAUAUUUACUAUUUGGAGAGAUCUAAGAAUUCUGGAACCUACCCUAUAUGUCCUUGUCGUCGAAGACUUGUGCAAGUGAACGGCAUUUGGCCCAGCUAACUUCUUUCAUGUUGUUAUUCCCCCCUUAUUUCAGAGUUUUGAUACUGCCUGAUAGACCAUUUGAUGUGUACCAUACAUGAUAUCAGAAUCUGUUUUCGUGGGAAA